CCCCACCCUGCGCUCCCUCCCAGCCAGAGCCCUCCCGCUCCUCUUUCUCCUCCUCCUCGCGAGCCUCCUCCCCUCGCGCGCGGCGCUGACAGCCAGCCUCGGCGGGGAGAGUGCAGGUACUUUGCCUUCAGAAUAAUUUGCAGGACCCGAGUCGGCUUUCGGGGCGCCCUUUCUUCUUCCUUUGCCCCCUCCCUCCGGAAAAGAAGAUCCCACUUUCGAAACAAUCAGGACCCGAAGCACCCCACCAAAGCCAAACCCUGACGGGUGCUGUGCAUGUGCCGCCCCUUUUUGCAGUUUAUUCUGGGCCUGUGUGGAAUAGAAAGACAAUUCUUUAUUUGACUGGUAGGAAAGAAAAGAGAAGACUCCUCAGGGUUUCCAAGGAGGACUGGAACGCCUGCUUUAGUGAAGAAAUGAAGAAUCAAAGAAGUAAAGGACCAGUCUCAAAGUCACACAACUAGGAAAUCUUGAGGAGUUGGAUACUUUUCAUCCUCCAGUCAUAAAAUCAUCUCGUAGGGGGAGGCUGCACAUUGGUAGAAAUAAAAGGCAAGCAGUUCCUGGCCCAUGAGAUUCCAGUUAGAGGUAUCUGACUGACAGCAUGUUGGCACCAGCACCGAGGGAAGCAAUGGGCUUCAGCUCCAGGUUCCUGUCCUGAGACCACAGCAGAAUGUGCCUUGGACAAAGGCUUGGAUUCCUGGAUCAUCUGGCAACUUCAAAAAUCUGGUCUCAGGGUGGUGAACAUUUUCUUUGAAUUCCUAACCUGUGAGCUUACGAUGAUGGUGCCUGUCCAUUAACUGAACAACUGUGGUUUUGAACUUCUUGAGGCCAGGGACUGUGUCUGAAAACACCUAAGGUGGCUAACACAAGGGAGACGUCUGGUGAACACCCGUGGGAUCUAAAGAACAAUUUUUCAAACUGACAAGGGUGACUAUUUGUAAAAGAGCACAACUGCUCUGAAAGUGUUCCAGCUGAAAUUUCAGAUCGGCCAGACUCGCUGCGGCUCCGGAGGCAGUGAUUCCAAGCUGCUCGCGCACGCUGCUGCCAAGCUGCAGGAUGGUGCACGUAGCCAGGCUGCUGCUGCUGCUCCUCACUUUCUUCCUCCGCGCGGAUGCUGAGACACCUCCAAGGUUUACACGAACACCCGUUGAUCAGACAGGGGUCUCUGGCGGAGUUGCCUCUUUCAUCUGCCAAGCUACGGGAGACCCAAGACCUAAAAUUGUGUGGAACAAAAAAGGAAAGAAAGUCAGCAACCAGAGAUUUGAGGUAGUAAUAGAGUUUGACGAUGGGUCUGGAUCAGUUCUCAGAAUACAGCCCUUACGGACUCCGAGGGAUGAGGCCAUUUAUGAAUGUGUGGCCUCAAAUAAUGUGGGAGAAAUAAGUGUAUCCACCAGACUCACCGUUUUACGGGAAGAUCAGAUUCCCAGGGGCUUCCCUACCAUUGACAUGGGCCCACAGUUGAAGGUGGUUGAACGUACGCGCACGGCCACCAUGCUUUGUGCAGCCAGUGGCAAUCCGGAUCCAGAAAUCACUUGGUUUAAAGAUUUCUUACCCGUGGACACAAGCAACAACAAUGGUCGUAUUAAGCAGUUACGAUCAGAAUCUAUUGGUGGUACACCAAUAAGAGGAGCCCUUCAGAUUGAGCAGAGUGAAGAGUCUGACCAAGGAAAAUAUGAGUGUGUUGCCACCAACAGCGCGGGCACUCGCUAUUCCGCUCCUGCCAAUUUAUAUGUCAGAGAGCUGCGAGAAGUUCGCCGUGUCCCACCAAGAUUCUCUAUCCCACCCACUAACCAUGAAAUCAUGCCAGGUGGAAGCGUUAAUAUCACCUGUGUGGCCGUGGGGUCACCAAUGCCUUAUGUAAAGUGGAUGUUGGGGGCAGAAGAUCUGACACCUGAAGAUGAUAUGCCAAUAGGAAGAAAUGUGCUAGAACUGAAUGAUGUAAGACAGUCAGCAAAUUACACCUGUGUUGCCAUGUCGACACUAGGUGUCAUUGAAGCAAUAGCACAGAUCACUGUCAAAGCCUUACCCAAACCUCCAGGAACUCCUGUCGUGACCGAGAGCACAGCUACAAGCAUCACACUGACGUGGGACUCUGGGAAUCCGGAGCCUGUGUCUUACUACAUCAUUCAGCAUAAACCUAAAAACUCCGAGGAACCUUACAAAGAAAUUGACGGGGUGGCGACCACACGCUACAGCGUCGCUGGACUAAGUCCCUACUCGGACUAUGAAUUCAGGGUUGUUGCUGUCAAUAACAUUGGGCGGGGGCCUCCCAGCGAACCUGUGCAAACACAAACCUCAGAGCAAGCGCCAUCCAGUGCCCCGAGGGAUGUCCAGGCACGAAUGUUGAGUUCGACCACCAUUUUGGUACAGUGGAAGGAACCUGAAGAGCCAAAUGGACAGAUCCAAGGAUAUAGAGUUUAUUAUACAAUGGAUCCCACUCAGCAUGUCAACAACUGGAUGAAACACAAUGUAGCUGACAGCCAAAUCACUACUAUUGGCAACUUAGUGCCCCAGAAAACAUAUUCUGUCAAAGUCCUGGCUUUUACCUCAAUUGGAGAUGGCCCACUUUCAAGUGACAUACAAGUCAUCACUCAGACCGGAGUACCAGGGCAGCCACUAAACUUCAAAGCAGAACCUGAGUCUGAAACAAGUAUUUUGCUCUCUUGGACACCUCCACGUUCAGAUACCAUUGCCAACUAUGAACUGGUCUACAAAGAUGGGGAGCACGGAGAGGAGCAACGAAUUACCAUUGAGCCAGGGACAUCAUAUAGGUUGCAAGGACUGAAACCAAACAGCUUAUACUACUUCCGUCUGGCUGCACGCUCUCCCCAAGGCCUGGGUGCUUCUACUGCGGAAAUAUCAGCUAGAACCAUGCAGUCAAAGCCGUCAGCUCCUCCUCAAGACAUUAGUUGCACCAGCCCAAGUUCCACUAGUAUUUUGGUAAGUUGGCAACCUCCACCAGUGGAAAAACAGAAUGGCAUUAUCACUGAAUACUCCAUCAAGUAUACUGCAGUGGAUGGGGAAGAUGACAAGCCUCACGAGAUUUUGGGAAUUCCUUCGGACACUACCAAAUACCUUUUGGAACAGCUGGAAAAAUGGACUGAAUACCGGAUCACUGUGACGGCCCAUACGGAUGUCGGCCCUGGCCCUGAGAGCUUGUCCGUGUUGAUUCGAACCGAUGAAGAUGUUCCUAGUGGUCCUCCUCGCAAAGUCGAGGUAGAGGCUGUCAACUCAACAUCUGUUAAAGUCUCAUGGCGCUCACCUGUGCCCAAUAAACAGCAUGGCCAGAUAAGAGGAUACCAGGUGCAUUAUGUGAGAAUGGAAAAUGGUGAGCCCAAGGGCCAGCCCAUGCUGAAAGAUGUCAUGCUGGCUGAUGCACAGUGGGAAUUUGAUGAUACUACUGAACAUGACAUGAUCAUUUCUGGGCUCCAGCCUGAAACUUCCUACUCCCUUACCGUCACAGCCUACACAACCAAAGGAGAUGGCGCUCGCAGCAAGCCCAAACUGGUGUCCACCACUGGGGCAGUUCCAGGGAAACCUCGACUUGUGAUUAACCACACUCAGAUGAAUACUGCUCUCAUUCAGUGGCACCCUCCCGUGGACACAUUUGGACCUCUUCAGGGCUACCGUCUAAAAUUUGGCCGCAAGGAUAUGGAGCCACUUACCACUCUUGAGUUCUCUGAAAAAGAAGAUCACUUUACAGCUACAGACAUCCACAAAGGAGCAUCAUACGUCUUUAGGCUCUCAGCCAGAAACAAAGUGGGCUUUGGGGAGGAGAUGGUGAAGGAGAUUUCCAUUCCCGAAGAAGUACCAACUGGAUUCCCUCAAAACCUUCACUCAGAAGGCACCACUUCAACCUCCGUCCAGUUAACUUGGCAACCACCUGUCCUGGCAGAGAGAAAUGGCAUUAUCACCAAGUAUACCCUUCUUUAUAGGGAUAUCAACAUCCCCCUUCUUCCAAUGGAGCAGCUUAUUGUUCCAGCUGACACCACUAUGACACUCACUGGCUUAAAACCAGAUACCACAUACGAUGUAAAAGUACGUGCUCAUACGAGCAAAGGGCCCGGGCCAUAUAGUCCCAGUGUCCAGUUCAGGACACUGCCUGUGGAUCAAGCAGUGUUUGCAAAAAAUUUUCAUGUCAAAGCAGUAAUGAAGACUUCUGUGUUGCUGUCUUGGGAGAUUCCAGAGAAUUAUAACUCCGCCAUGCCUUUCAAAAUUCUUUAUGAUGAUGGGAAAAUGGUAGAAGAAGUGGAUGGCCGAGCCACACAGAAAUUAAUUGUCAACCUGAAGCCUGAGAAGUCAUAUUCAUUCGUGCUGACAAAUCGUGGAAACAGCGCUGGUGGGCUGCAGCACAGGGUCACAGCAAAGACUGCGCCCGAUGUAUUACGUACCAAGCCUGCCUUCAUUGGGAAGACCAACUUGGAUGGCAUGAUUACUGUGCAACUGCCUGAAGUACCUGCAAAUGAGAAUAUAAAAGGUUACUACAUAAUAAUUGUGCCUUUGAAGAAAUCUCGUGGGAAAUUUAUCAAGCCAUGGGAGAGUCCAGAUGAAAUGGAAUUAGAUGAGCUGCUUAAGGAGAUAUCUAGGAAACGCAGAAGCAUCCGUUAUGGGAGAGAAGUUGAAUUAAAGCCAUAUAUUGCCGCUCACUUUGAUGUCCUUCCCACUGAGUUCACCCUGGGGGAUGACAAGCAUUAUGGUGGAUUUACAAACAAGCAACUCCAAAGUGGUCAAGAAUAUGUCUUCUUUGUGUUAGCAGUAAUGGAACAUGCAGAGUCUAAGAUGUAUGCAACCAGCCCGUACUCUGACCCUGUGGUGUCAAUGGACCUGGAUCCACAGCCAAUCACGGAUGAAGAAGAAGGCUUGAUCUGGGUUGUAGGUCCGGUCCUUGCAGUGGUCUUUAUCAUCUGCAUUGUCAUUGCUAUUCUUCUUUAUAAAAGCAGUAAACCUGACAGGAAGAGGGCAGAGUCUGACUCUAGAAAGAGCAGCAUACCGAACAGUAAGGAGAUCCCUUCACACCACCCAACAGACCCUGUAGAACUGAGACGCCUUAACUUUCAAACACCGGGUUCAGAUGAUUCCGGUUACCCUGGUAACCUUCAUUCUUCAAGUAUGGCUAGCCAUCCUCCAAUACCUAUCUUGGAACUUGCAGACCACAUUGAAAGAUUGAAAGCAAAUGACAAUUUGAAGUUUUCCCAGGAAUAUGAGUCAAUUGACCCUGGCCAGCAGUUCACAUGGGAGCAUUCAAACUUGGAAGUAAACAAACCAAAGAAUAGAUAUGCGAAUGUGAUCGCAUAUGAUCAUUCCCGGGUUCUCCUAUCAGCUAUAGAAGGAAUCCCAGGAAGUGACUACGUGAAUGCCAACUACAUAGAUGGCUAUAGGAAACAAAAUGCCUAUAUUGCAACACAGGGAUCUCUCCCCGAAACAUUUGGGGACUUUUGGAGAAUGAUAUGGGAGCAACGGAGUGCCACAGUGGUCAUGAUGACAAAACUAGAAGAAAGAUCAAGGGUGAAGUGUGACCAGUAUUGGCCCAGUAGAGGCACUGAAACCCAUGGACUGGUUCAAGUAACGCUGCUUGAUACCGUGGAGCUGGCCACAUAUUGUGUUCGAACAUUUGCACUUUACAAGAAUGGUUCCAGUGAGAAGAGAGAAGUGAGACAAUUCCAGUUCACCGCCUGGCCUGAUCAUGGUGUUCCAGAACACCCUACACCUUUUCUAGCUUUCUUACGUAGAGUCAAAACCUGUAACCCUCCCGACGCUGGUCCGAUGGUUGUGCACUGCAGUGCGGGAGUUGGCCGGACUGGCUGUUUCAUCGUCAUAGAUGCCAUGUUAGAAAGAAUAAAGCAUGAAAAAACUGUAGAUAUUUAUGGCCAUGUAACUUUAAUGAGAGCCCAGAGGAAUUACAUGGUUCAAACAGAAGACCAAUACAUCUUUAUCCAUGAUGCACUGUUAGAAGCAGUGACUUGUGGAAAUACCGAAGUGCCAGCUAGAAACUUGUAUGCCUACAUUCAGAAGCUGACACAAAUAGAAACAGGAGAGAAUGUCACAGGAAUGGAGCUUGAAUUUAAGCGUCUAGCCAGCUCAAAAGCUCACACCUCAAGAUUUAUCAGUGCCAAUCUUCCAUGUAAUAAAUUCAAAAAUCGCCUUGUUAAUAUUAUGCCAUAUGAAUCCACAAGGGUAUGCCUGCAGCCUAUCCGUGGAGUAGAAGGAUCUGAUUACAUCAAUGCCAGUUUUAUUGAUGGAUACAGACAACAGAAAGCAUACAUCGCUACCCAGGGGCCCUUGGCAGAGACCACCGAAGACUUCUGGCGGAUGCUCUGGGAACACAAUUCCACCAUCGUUGUGAUGCUCACCAAGCUGCGUGAAAUGGGCAGAGAGAAAUGCCACCAAUACUGGCCAGCAGAAAGAUCUGCAAGAUACCAGUACUUUGUUGUGGAUCCCAUGGCCGAGUACAACAUGCCGCAGUAUAUCCUGAGGGAAUUCAAGGUCACAGAUGCCAGGGACGGCCAGUCCCGAACAGUAAGGCAGUUCCAGUUCACUGACUGGCCAGAACAAGGAGUGCCAAAGUCCGGAGAAGGAUUUAUUGACUUCAUCGGCCAAGUCCAUAAAACAAAAGAGCAGUUUGGCCAAGAUGGACCCAUUUCAGUCCAUUGCAGCGCUGGCGUGGGAAGAACUGGAGUCUUCAUAACACUAAGCAUUGUUUUGGAAAGAAUGAGAUAUGAAGGAGUCGUAGAUAUCUUCCAGACUGUCAAAAUGUUAAGAACACAGCGGCCAGCCAUGGUACAGACAGAGGAUCAGUAUCAGUUUUGCUAUCGAGCCGCACUAGAGUACCUGGGCAGCUUUGACCACUAUGCAACGUAGAAACCCCUGACCCAUUCUGGAUUUUUACUACAGGCCCUUCAAUAUCCAUGGAGUCUCCUCUGAGCCAUACAGGGCACUUGAGAAGUCCUUCUUAACUUCUAGCUAACAACUACUUAGUGGGACUAUUACACACAAAACAAAUUAAAAACAAAUUAUUACAGGUGGACCAAGAAUUCACAGUUUAAUAAUCUAACCAGAAAAAUUAUGGAGAGAAUCCUGACUGAUGAGGCAUCUGAAGGAUUUUAUUUACAGAUACCUCAAGGAUUCAAAAUCAAGGGAAGAAGACAUCACAGCAAAGAACCACCAUCUUAUUCAGGAUUGCUUGAAAGGCGCAAGGAGAAAUUGCCAGAAGGCUGCAGUUCGGCUCAAGAUGGUGCCAGUGUGGCUUCUCACAAUGAAAUGGACUCUGCUUUGACAUCACCCCUUCCCACCAUACAGCUCAUAAUAACAUUUUAGGGGGAAAGUGGGGGGGGGGAUGUUUAAGAAGAAAGUCCUUAAUUUAGUUUUUUAGUAUUGUAAAGAUACUGCUGACCUGUGCUUCAUUUCUAACUGUGUAAACUUUUUUUUAACAAAAUGUAUCAUUCGAUAAAGUGAAUUUUAAAAAAGUGACAUAACUUCAUUUUUUAUUUCCAAAUCGUAGGUUUUUUUAAGCUGUAGAACUGUUAUCUGUAAUAUCUUGCUGUAGAAAUCUCAAAUAAUUUGAAAAUUUGCACAUUUUUGUGCAAUACUCAAUCUACAGUAUCAGUCUCGUCAGAUAUAUUACUUUUACACUUCUGUUCAGUUUUGAUUGGUGAGAACGUACCCAUUCUCUUCAAAUAAAGAGAAUUAUUAUUUUGUUUUGUUUUUGGAAUCAACAGGGAGGCGCAAAGUAUAAAGUUGCUGCUAACAUAUAUACAUAUAUAUCCAUAUUUUAUACGGGUGUCUAUGUAUAUAUAGACAGUUUGUCCACACAAAAAGUAGAUACAGCUAUCAGUCAGUUCUUCCAUUAUUUGGUUUUUUUAAAUGUAAAAAAGCUAUUGUAAACAUCUCUUUCCAUUUAUUCUUAAUUUUAUGACACAUUGGUAUUUCUUACUAUCACAAAACUUUCAUUUUUUUUAAGGGAAGCGAGGAAUGCACAUCAGUGAUUGUCAAACCUCACCCCCUAACUUCCUACCCAGUCUGCCCCCCCCCCCCCCGCCCACCCAAUCAUAUUCACAAAUUCUGUUUCGUUAGCCAGGCUUCCAACAAAGUUCAAUAUUUCUAACACUCUAGUGCAAUAAAAAUUAUUAAAUAGCUAAGAGGUGUGCAUGUGGGAAAGGUCAGUGCAUAUCCCUUUAGGAGGGGAGAAUGUUGUAAUAUAUCAGCCUAUCAAGUUGUUUAAAAAAAGUGUAUUCAAUCGUAUAUUGUCUAUAGUAUGUGCUAUGAAAUUUGCAUUUAUGAUAUGUAACAGGGGCAAAGCCAAAUUCAUGUUACUCUGUUCAGUCAGAAACAUUUUGUGGCAUACAGCAUUCCUGGGAAGUGCUGUACUUUGUUUCGUUUUGGUUUUAGGUUUGCAUUUAGAGUGCCUUAUAAUUGAUGCCUAUUUUAAUAGCAUUUCCUUUUAGCUUUUGGUUCGUAUUUCCAUUCACUGUUUGUAUCUGUUACUCUUUCUAUUAAAGCAUUAUCUGUUUA